AUGGCAACACUGGUGGCAAACAGGGCGAUGGACGUCAACGGCUUGGCAGGAGCCGCGAGGACACACACCCAGGCCGUGACGAGGAAUUACAUCUCUCAGCCCAGGCUAACCUAUUCCACUGUGUCGGGUGUAAAUGGACCUCUGGUCAUCCUGGAUAAUGUGAAGUUCCCCAGAUAUGCUGAAAUCGUUCAUUUGACCCUGCCGGACGGCACCAAGAGGAGUGGGCAAGUCCUGGAAGUGAUCGGCAGCAAGGCCGUUGUUCAGGUGUUCGAGGGCACAUCAGGGAUCGACGCCAAGAAGACGGCCUGCGAGUUCACCGGAGAUAUCCUGCGCACGCCCGUGUCUGAAGACAUGCUGGGACGCGUGUUCAACGGAUCGGGAAAACCCAUCGAUCGCGGGCCCACCGUUCUGGCCGAGGACUACCUGGACAUCAUGGGUCAGCCAAUCAACCCUCAGUGCCGUAUCUACCCUGAGGAGAUGAUCCAGACUGGCAUUUCAGCCAUUGAUGGCAUGAACAGCAUCGCCAGAGGUCAGAAGAUCCCCAUUUUCUCUGCUGCUGGAUUGCCCCACAAUGAGAUCGCCGCUCAGAUCUGUCGCCAGGCCGGCCUCGUGCAGAAGUCCAAGGACGUGAUGGACUACACCGCCGAAAACUUCGCCAUUGUUUUCGCCGCCAUGGGGGUCAACAUGGAAACUGCUCGCUUCUUCAAGUCUGACUUUGAGGAAAAUGGCUCCAUGGACAACGUUUGCCUUUUCCUAAACCUGGCCAACGACCCCACCAUUGAGCGCAUCAUCACGCCCCGCCUGGCGCUGACCACAGCAGAGUACCUGGCCUACCAGUGCGAGAAGCACGUGCUGGUCAUCCUCACCGACAUGAGCUCGUAUGCGGAGGCCUUGAGAGAGGUGUCUGCCGCCCGAGAGGAAGUGCCGGGCCGUCGGGGGUUCCCCGGGUACAUGUACACCGAUCUGGCCACCAUUUACGAGCGCGCCGGGCGAGUGGAGGGCAGGAACGGCUCCAUCACCCAGAUCCCCAUCCUCACCAUGCCCAACGACGAUAUCACCCAUCCCAUCCCUGAUCUGACUGGAUACAUCACAGAGGGGCAGGUCUACGUCGACAGGCAGCUGCACAACAGACAGAUCUACCCGCCCAUCAAUGUGCUGCCCUCGCUGUCCCGUCUGAUGAAGUCUGCCAUCGGGGAGGGGAUGACCAGGAAGGACCACGCCGAUGUCUCCAACCAGCUGUACGCCUGCUACGCCAUCGGUAAGGACGUGCAGGCCAUGAAGGCCGUGGUGGGAGAGGAAGCCCUCACCUCCGACGACCUGCUCUACCUGGAGUUCCUGCAGAAGUUUGAGAAGAACUUCAUCGCUCAGGACCCCACCCGGGUCUCCAAAAGCCCACCCGGGUCCCCUAGACCCCACCCGGGUCUCCCUAAACCCAGACCCCACCCAGGUCUUCUUGACCCCACCCGGGUCUCCCUAAACCCAGACCCCACCCAGGUCUCCUUGACUCCACCCGGGUCCCCCUAA